AUGACACUUCUCUCAAAUUCUUUACGCACCAGUCUGCUACUGGCUCAUGCAGUCUUGCCGGACGCCAGUCCGGGCCCUGGUCAAAUCAACUGGCUUCCUUGUUCCGAGUUCAAUAGCACUGAGCCGAUCCAAUGUGCAAACUUGACAGUCCCGCUAGACUACACCGAACUAGAGUUAAACAAGACGCUCCAGCAACAGCUUCUCCGGGUCCGCGCCCUUGGCCAACCCUCAAGGGGCAGCAUCUUGUUCAACUUUGGCGGACCCUCGGAAAAGCUCUCCUUUUUCAUGAAGAGCCCCAAAGUGUGGAGCACUUUGGGCGCCUCCAAUUUCCGGGCAAAGUCGUCCGACAACACCCUCGCCAGGUUAUGGGCUACAGCCAAGCUCUUUGCGGACAAGUGCUACAAGCGCAACGAAGAGAUUGGCGGGCUUGUCGGCAGCGCUUUCGAGGGACAUGAUGAAGAUCGCGGUUUGUAUGGAACCCUUUUGGGGCAAACGGCCGCGGCAAUGUUUCCCGGAAGAAUCGACAGAAUGGUGCUCGACGGGAACCUCAACCCUCACGAAUACUACCGAGGCUACGACUACGAGCAGUGGACCGACUCGGACAAGACCUUCAGCGCCACCCUCAUUGACGAUCUUAAUGACCGCCCCAUCCCCUUCAACGGCACUCUUAUCGGCUACGGCUACGUCAAAACUGGCUUCACGCAAAAUUGGAACAAGCUGGCCGCGACUUACGCCUCCAUCGGCGCUACUCCCGACGCGCAGAUGAGCAUCCGGUGCGGCGACAAGAUCGUUCGCAUGGAGACGCUGGACGCGUUCCUGCCCAUUGUAGAGCGGCAGUUCAGAACCAGUAGGGUCUUUGGCGACAUACAGACGGCGACAGAUAUGGUGUGCGCGCAGUGGCGGUUCCCCGCCAAGGGGCAGUACACUGGCGACUUCCGCUCCAAGACAAGGCAUCCCAUCCUGUUCAUCGAAAACACAGCGUUCACGCCGCUGGCCUCGGCGCAGAACGCCAGCGCCGGGUUCGAGGGUAGCAUUGUCCUCCAGACGAACGGCUAUGGUGUGGGUUCCUCCGGCCCGUCUGUCCAAGAUUGA